UAUCUGGCAGUUAGCGCAGGGAUUCCCUGAUCUCAGUGAGCACAGAUGGGUCAGAUGGCAUCUCUAGGGGUCUCUCCUGUGUCUGGCGGUCUCUUCCUUGUCUGGAAGCUGCUGCUCAUGAUCUUGGCUGCUCAUUCCUUCAGUCUGUCCCGGCAGGUGGGCUCAGGGCAGCAGUAUGGCAGCAGCACCCCGGGACCCAACUACCAGACCUACUACUUCACCCAACAGGUGGACCACUUUGGUUUUUUUGAGGACGCCACCUUCAAGCAGCGCUACUUAGUGUCGGCUGCUCACUGGAAGAAACCUGGGGGCCCCAUAUUGUUCUAUACUGGCAACGAAGGAGACAUUACUUGGUUCUGUAAUAAUACAGGGUUCAUGUGGGAUGUGGCUAAGGAGAUGGGAGCCAUGUUGGUGUUUGCCGAACAUCGCUAUUAUGGAGAAUCCAUGCCCUUUGGAGAUUUGGCAUUCAGUGAUCCCAAACACUUGAAUUAUUUGACAUCUGAGCAGGCCUUGGCCGAUUUCGCUGUUCUACUGAGAUACUUUAAAGCCACCACGGAAGGAGCUCAGGAUAGUCCGGUCAUUGCCUUGGGCGGGUCCUACGGUGGGAUGCUGGCUGCCUGGUUUAGAAUGAAGUACCCAGACGUGGUUGUGGGGGCCGUUGCAUCAUCUGCCCCUAUCUGGCAGUUUGAGGAUUUAGUUCCCUGCAAUGAAUAUUAUCAAAUUGUAACAAAUGACUUCAAGAAGAGCGGGCCUGGAUGCUCAGAAAGUGUCCGGAACUCUUGGGAGGCCAUUAACCGUAUGGCUGAAACAAGUGAUGGGCUGCAGUGGCUCUCCAAAGCUUUUCACUUGUGCUGCCCCCUAAAGAACAAGGAGGAUGUUGUGGGCUUCAAGGGUUGGCUGAGUGAGACGUGGGUGAGCUUGGCCAUGGUGGAUUAUCCUUAUCCCGCCAGCUUUCUGGAGCCUCUGCCUGCUUGGCCUAUUCAGGUAGUUUGCAAAUUCCUGAAGAACCCCAAGAGUGGAGACAAAGAUCUGCUGCAGGACAUAUUCCAGGCUGUGAAUGUUUAUUACAAUUAUACCGGCGACACCCAGUGCCUUAAUACGUCUCAGACUGCCUCCGGGAGCCUCGGGGACCUGGGCUGGAGUUACCAGGCUUGCACAGAGAUGGUGAUGCCGUUCUGCUCUGAUGGGGUGACUGACAUGUUUGAGCCUCAGUCGUGGGAUUUUCAGGCUUAUUCUGAGGAGUGUAACAAGCAGUGGGGAGUCAGACCUCGGGGCUCAUGGAUUACAACUGUGUACGGUGGGAAGAACAUCAGCUCCCACAGCAACAUCAUAUUCAGUAAUGGUGGUUUGGAUCCUUGGUCGGCUGGAGGAGUAAAGGAGAGCCUGAGUGACUCCUUAGUUGCCAUUUUGAUUCCGGAAGGGGCUCACCACUUGGAUUUGCGCUCAAACAAUGACUGUGACCCCAAGUCGGUGCUUCUGGCCCGAGGACUGGAAGUGGAAUAUAUGAAGAAAUGGAUUGAACAGGCAAGAAAUGGGAGAGACUAAAGGUGCUGCUGAUAAUCCAUGUGAACAGCAGUUAGUCUGAAGCAUCAUUGGCUGCCUAUGGAUAAUAAUCCCUGUGCUGUUAAUGAUUAGUAGUGUGUCGUCUUUUUCAAAUACCCAAAGCAGGACAUACUCAUGUUAUUCAGCAUCAACUGUUCAGCUGAAAUCCAGAAACUAGCGGUCCAAAACUGCUAAUAACUUAGAAACCACUGCUCAGAGGAGCACUCUUGGUAAGUUUAAAUCAUUUUCAGAAGGGUUAGGUGCCCUUUAACUAAUUCAUCCUUCACUCAAACCAACCCAAGUACUUUUACCAGGGCUACAGUUAUAAAGAGGAAACUCAGGUUUAAUUUGGCGUAAUAAUUGUUAUUAACUGUUUAGGUGAGCCAGGGAUGGCGUAUUUAUCAAAACCAGAAUUAUCUGAGUAUUUCAAUUAAAAAAUUCCGACCAAACCAGAAUCCACGAUUUGACCUUAUUUAUUAUUAAAAAAGCACAAAUUAAUUGGUUCGGGGGGGGAAACCCGAUUGAUUUCCUGAAUAGUCUGAAAUAGUGGGAUUUUCGGGUUAAAGAUGGCCAUACACGAGAGAUCCGCUCGUUUAGUGAUGUCGCCAAACCAGCGGAUCUCUCCCUGAUAUGUCCACCUUGAUUCAGACUUUUUUUUUCCACUAAAAAUUCAGAUUUUAUAUAUAUAAAAAAAAAAAUAGCAUUUUUCAGGUUUUUGGAAUUCGGAUUUUGAUAAAUAAUCCCCUACAUGUUUUAAGGAAAUCAAGUGUCUCUUCCAGCUGGUAGGGGGCUGUAUCACCAAGAUAAUGGGCUUUCAGAGGGAACUUUAUAUUCUGUUUAGAAUAACAUUUAUUUAUUUAACCCCCAGCACAGGAUUCCAGAGCUCACUUUAGCUGUACCAGUGGUCUUAACCAAUCAGCGCUCGUUUGCAGGCUUAAAAGCAAGCAUCUGAUUGGCUGAUACUAGAAAUGCAUUAAACGUUGCACCUUUUUUUAUUGCACAGCCAAUGGGAUUUGAGAGUUGUAGUUUACCGAGAGCCACUGGUUUUUAACAGUAAAAUGUGUAAAGCUGCAAUGUCUUCUGUCUUUAUCUAAUUGUGGUUGUAAAUUAAUGUAUAAAAUAUAAACCGACAGGGGACUGGAUCCUUCUGUGUGGGACUUGCGCUGAUAUUGUGCGGAUAUUUACUGGCCUCUCUUUCUACAUUCCCACCCCUCUGUGAUAAAGAGAAGCCAAGCGGUAGUCAGAUUGGGGGGCACCAAGUUUCAAAUAUGCAGUGAGUAAAAAAUGUAACAUACCGAGACCAAGUAAAAUUCAUUGUAGCUGGGAGAGUCAGUGACCCCGGCAACCAGAUAAGUAAUUGUGGCACUAGAUUUUUGUCCCUUUUCAUUUAUUCUACUAGUUUUUCUGUUCAGCACCUCUGCUGUUUAUUUUCCAGUUUUUCCAUACAGGUUGCUAGGGUGAGUGGGGCCGUAGCAACAGGUUAAUAAGUGCAAAUUAUAAAGGCAGCGGUGCUGCUCUCAUAAAAAUAAAGCAACACAAAAAUAUAUAAAACUUAAGAUUUAUGGUACAUUAUCUUAAAGUUCUACUGUCUAUUACAUACUAAAACAUGGAAUUUGAAGGCAAAAUUAAUCUGGAACCUCCGUACGGGGUUCUACACAAUUGUGAUGUGUGUAAUGGGCUGCACUCGGCUUGUUGCAGUUUAAGCAUCAUCCCCACCCCGAGAACUUUGUUGACUUUUUUUUUCUUUUGAAAUAGAGAAAAAUGUGACUGAUUAAUAAUUGACACAUUACAUUUUAUAUGUUUUCAUAUAAUAAAUUCUGAUUUAAAAACCCA